AUGCUCUUUUCUUCUCCUCAGCAAAUUAACCAUCUGAAUUCUGUUCGCUUGUCUCGACCGACUUCUGUUCAGUUGUCUCGGAAUCAAACACUCAUCCGUGAUUGUGUGAAGGCCCGGUUCCCUACAAUCGCGGAAAACCCUUUCCACAUCAUGCUUGACGCUGCUCCAGGAGGUUGUGGAAAAUCCACAAUGCUGAAAAUCCUCCGCCAGGAUGUCAACGCCUUUUUUGGAACGGAAAACGCUUGUUUGGUGACGGCCUUCACUGGCGGAGCCGCGUUCAAUGUUGGAGGAAACACGAUUCACUCCACUCUUGGAAUUUCUCCAAAAGCUGGAGAGGAAUUCAAACGAAUGAGCGAUUCUAUGAAAACUCAUCUCACUAACCAAUUGAGGGAUGUGAAAGUGCUUUUCAUUGAAGAAAUUAGCUUGGUUAGCGUUGUCCUUUUGACCCAGGCCUCGGUGCAUCUCCAGAUUCUGAGGAACGAUGGCAGGCCAUUUGGAGGACUCUCAGUGAUGGUUUUCGGCGAUUUCAUGCAGCUUCUCCCUGUCCAACAUCCACCAGUUUUUGGAGAUUUCCCACCGAUAAUGAAGGCACGUUGCGAAAUGCUCGUUGAAAACGUUUGGGAUAAACUGUGGAAACUCUUCACUGUUUUCCACCUGACUCGGAACAAGAGAGUCGAGAUGGGAAGAGCCGCCGACAUGCUCCGAGAAAUUCGGUAUACCGAAAUUUCCGAAGAGACGAAGGAGUUCCUCAGGAAGAAUUGUUUAUUGAAAAACACUUUUCCGAAAACGAUCUUUGAAGCGUUGGACCAACUACAAUCCGAGAAUCCUGAUAAGGAAUUUGUGGUGUUGGCCACAAAAAACGCCACUGUUAAUCGAUUGAAUAUUUGCCGUAUCCAAAAUAUGGAAGAGAGAAAGAAAUUCCCUGUUAGAUACAUCAAGGAUGAUGAAGUGGUGCUCGCGAAGUUUCACGAAACAACUAAACGACCACACUCCAUGGAGCUGGCAGUCGGAUGUAAAGUAAUGCUCAAUGUGACCCUCAAGAAAGAGCCAGGCAUGUAUAACGGCCGAGUGGGAAAACUUUUGGAAAUCCAAGACCAAUUUUUGAAAAUCCAAUUCGAUUCUCAAACCAUCGUCGACGUGCCGAAGUUAUUCUUCAAAAACAAUGAGAAAAGCUGGACUCAAUAUCCCAUCCAACCCGCAGAAGUCAUCACCGUCCACAUGUCGCAAGGAAAAACUUUUGACGGCGUCAUCUUCAUUUCCGAAAACUUGUUCACUGGAGGCUUGGCGUAUACGGCUCUUUCGCGAUGCCGUCAACUCCGAUUGUGUAGACUCACAUCUUUGAGAACGGAGGAGUGGCUUGUUCCGGAUGGCGCAAAUGAGGAGUAUCGACGACUGAAGCGGCGAUACCUGGAUAUGAUGAUUACUGAUUAA